AUGUAUGGCUAUCCAAGCACGUAUGGACAGUGGAGUCCUAACCGGAGAGGCUACUUGCAACAUUUGCAUAACGGGUCGCCUCUGCCUCCACCAUAUGGACACCCAGGCAUAUAUGAUACAGGUUACUACGACACAACACCGUAUUACAUGGACUAUAACACAAUGACUUCGCCGUAUCCUGGAGCAAUGUACAGUGAACAUUAUAUACCCCAACAGUGGGGAUCUCAUCAUUAUGGCCAACCCUAUUAUCGGGGAGGACUACUUAGCUCCUUAUUUGGAUAUCCAGGCAGACGUAGUCGGUCUUCCUUAUACUCCCAUUUGAACCGUGAUCAAUUUCAAGAAGAACAGCUUCGGCAGUUGAGAAGACAGACCGAUAGUAUUAUACAUAAAUCUAAUGGAAGAAGCAGUAGUAAUAAUCACCGUCGACACGACGACAAUAAGAAACGAUGA